UUCGAAAAUUUGGAAAUUAAUGAGGAAAUCGGAAAAUUUGGGUGAAUUAAAAGGUCAUUGGAUUCGAGAGACAUUGGGCAAUUUUGAUGAAUUAAGCGAAUGUCAAAGGAUUUAGAAGGAUAUCGGGAUUUGGAUGGAUUAGAUCACCGUGAUCAACGGGUGGGAUUAUUGUUGGAUUUGGAUAAAUAUCGUGGGAUUAUCGUGGGAUUAUGGAACAAUAUAUUUAUUCAUUGGACAUCAAUUUUGGCUUCUUUAAGCAUCUUUUGUGUUUUACUUUUAUUAUUAAUUUUUCUUUUUCUUCCAUCCCAAGAAGAUCAACGUUUUGAUUUUUCUGUAAUUUCACAAAUAUUUUAUGGUCGCCAACUUCGACCUGUUUUAUUAACUGUUGAUUUAAAAGCUUUUAUUACUUGUAGAAUUGGGUUUACAUUUUGGGCAUUAUAUUUAAUUUCUUCAAUUUUUGAAUAUCAAAAACUUUAUCCAAAUGAUAAACCUUCAUGUUAA